UUCAUAAAACGAUUGAUACGGGAACAAAUACUAGAAAUAAGAAAAUAGCGAUCAGUGUCAUUGAUUGUUGGUAGUUACUUACUUAAACUUUAUUAUGAAGAUCUUCCUGUUCAUAUUAUUAAUAGUUUCCCUGUUUCUGGGAAUCUCGUCCUUCCCUGGACAAGCUGAUAUCGUCAAUAAUAACGUUAGGAUUGUCGGUGGAAAACCAACUACUAUAGAAAAGUUUCCGUAUAAUGCACAGUUAUAUCUUUAUGAUCAAUUUUCGUGCGGAGCAACCAUUGUUUCACCAAAAUGGGUCCUCACCGCAGCGCACUGUACUUAUGAGUAA